CGGACACUGCAUCAGUCUACGACUAGCCGGCCCAGCUUGAACCACGAAGGGACGACAGGCACGGACGGACAGCCUCGACCCGAACGACUUUUUCUUUUCAAAAAGAAGAGGCGAAAUGGAGCAUCUCACGGCCGCCUGCGUGACGCUGCUGCUGCUGGUGGGCCUCGUGGCGCAGGAGGCGGCGACCAAGGACCCCUGCAGCAAGGACUGGCUGCGCUUUAUGGUGGUCAACGCCUGCGGCAUGGACAAGCGCCACCUGGAGCGCAGGAAGCCCUCCGUCGCGCCCUCGCUCAAGGAGAUCCUGAAGGAGGUGGACCAGGAGUUCGACAACUACGUGUACGGCCAGAGCCCGUUCGAGGACAAUUACGAGGAGAACUACGAGUACGAGCCCGCGGCCUCGGAGAGCACCCCGGAGCGCGUGGACGCCAGAGACAAGGGCGUCGUCGCCAAGCCCAGCAGCGCCAGCAGCGAGGGCAACUUCUUCAUGCGGCUCUUCCAGCACCCAGACCAGGUGCUGGCCGAGGCGUGGAUGGGGCUGGUCGCGUCGGAGCCCAAGAAGAUGCCCCGGCGACGCGCCAUCCAGAACGCCAUCAGCCGCUGCUGCUCCGAGGACUGCGACGAGGGCGACUUCGACGGCGUUUGCGACUGAACCUAGAACACGACUGCCACGCACCUCCGCGCCUCACCGACUCCCGUCCGCAGAUAUGUUUCAAAUACAAAUAAAGCACGUUUCCCCCGA